AUGUCCCUCCUUCAAAAUGAAGAUUUCGUGCUAUACCAGCUUCGCACCGCCUACCUAGGCGCCAUCAAGGACGGCGUGGGUGAGCGCCUGAUCAAUGUCGACUCGAGUGUUCUGAACAACCCAGCAUUCCGUGCCGCUGGCUGGGUGCCCAAUGCCUCCGACAUCAAGCGCACCUACUCCCCACCGAUCCCAACCGCCAUCACCUCUGAGUACUUUCAAGCCCCGCGUUCGGCUGGCCUGAAGCCGCCCGAGGGUUUCGGAGACGAUGAAGAAGAGGGCGGCAUGGUCACGGGAGCCGGAAGUAACGACACUGUGGGGCCAACCUUGAACGCGAAGCGCAGACGGCGCAAGGAGCAGCUGGAGGAGGAUGACAGUAGCGACCUCAGCGAUGAGAGCGAUGAUGAGGAUGACUCGCAAAGACCAGCCAACCUGAUCAAGUUCACCAAGAUGCCCCUACGCACCCGUUCUGGUUCGUCGCCCAUGCGUGGGUCAGCACUGCGCAACGAGCUUGCAGAGGCCGGAGAAGGGCCUUCACUCAUGAUUACUUCACCGUCGCGCCCGCCGGAGGAUAUUCCACGUAGAUCGUCUCUACCUACCGUCGAGUCGUCCAAAGGAAGGGCCAGGAGAGACACCAUUACCAGCAGCGAAAUGUCGUCAGAAAACGAGUUCGACAACUCGUCCUUCAGGAAGAGACGAGUUAAGCCUCGAAAAGCUGCUAGUGCGAACCACUCGCUUUCCCAACGGAAAGAUGAGUAUCAAGGAGACGCUGCUGGUUCGCGCGGUCGUUUGGAAGCGCUGGACGAAGGCGACGAGUCUGAUGAUUCUUUGACGUCUGAAUUUUCUGGUUCUAACAGCAGCGCCUCCUUCAUAGGUGUAGCCGGCGACCCUCUAGAUUCUUCUCCCGCAGGCGGUGACCUUCCUACCAUGCCUGGCUUGACGCCUUUCCAAAACAUGUCUCCCAAGAAGAAGAAGAACGAGCCAGUCCAGCCGACGCUCCAGGCUCUGCCUCCACCACGACCAAUUAGUUUUGUGCUGCCCGUGAGUGCUUUGACCCAAGCAAUUCGGGCCAAGGAGCAGAAGCCGUCUGAUCCCCUGCAACGUUUCGCUAUGUGGAAUGCUGCGAGUGAGGCUCAGCAAAACCCAUUGUUUAUCAAGUUAUACUGUCCAUUUUCUUCAAAACCAUCCAAGCCUAUAGAGCUGCUGAUUAGGAAGUUCAACGACAAAGGAGAGGGACCUACGGUAGCAGAGGCUAUUGGAUAUGCGUUGCACCGCUACCAGGAAGAGAAGCUGGAGCCGCCAUUGACAGCUGAGCAGUUGAAUGUCAACUGUUGGGUCAUGCGCAUGUACGACGACGGCGAGGUCGACGACGAAUUCCCGCCGUUGACGAGGAACAAGCCACUGAAAGACUUUGCAUCCAACAACGCUCGCGGAAUGCGACCUCGUGCGAGGGACAAGCCUUGGGACGAGUUUGCGCUCGUUGCAGCGACCCAGCGGGAGUUUGGCGAAAACGAGAAGCUUACGCCCAUCUACAGCCAGGAAGCUGCUAGUGCCGUUGUAUCGCAAGGUGAUGGUGCCGAUGGCCAGGAAGAGAGCGAGGAGAAGAAGCCUGUAAAGCCCAUGCCCAGCCGAGCUAAGAGCUUCCGAAAUCCAAUCACUGGCCCGUCUUUUGCACCAACAGCAACCCGUAAAGAUACGAGCAAUCUGGCAGAUGUGCCAAAGGUGGCGCCAUCGCAUGCUGCUAGUCGUACUGGAGCCCCGAGGACAGUCAACAUUCAUUUCACUGACGAGAAUUUCAACACCAAACACUUUUCACUGCCAUGCACAACCGAUACCUAUAUCGCUGAUCUAUUCGACCAAGUAUGCCACGAUCUCCAGCUCGAAAAGGGCCUCUACAUCCUCAAAGUAAGCGGCAGCACCACUGUAGCACCACCCGACCGCACCGUAGAAGCCCUAGACACACGCAUGGAUCUAGAUCUCGUGCGCCGCCGCUUCGUAGGCGACGGCGUCUUCGGCCUCUCAGGCUCACCAGGCUCCUCGUCCCCCAAUGCACCCCUCAUCAUCAGCACGGGCGGCGCCCCCAAGAAGACCAAAAAAGGCGACCGCACCCACGCCGCCGUCUCCGGCGCAGGUCUCUUACACCCCCUCGCCCGAACCGGCGACUCGGGCGCCCUCGCCCUCUCAACAAACAACUACUACCGCCGCUACGCCGUCCUCCGCAAACAACCCAUGUCCUUUGCCUCGUCCACGUCACGCAUCAUCGCUCUCGACAACGAGUACAUCCACAUUAUGCCCGGCGAAUCCAAAACCGGUGCUCGCGGCGGCUUUGGUGUCGAGGCUCAGGGCAAAACUACCACUGUCCAUUUUAGCAGCGUCGUGGGCAGCAAGGUGUCUAAGAAACACCCCAAGAUGUUCAGGGUUAUUGUGUUCAAGGAGAGGGAGACGAAACGGUAUGAUUUUGAGGCGCAGAGUAAUGAUGAGGCGAUUGAGAUUGUAAGGGAGAUUAAGAAGGGAGUGGAGCGGUUUCAGGAGGGGAUUGUAUAG